AUGCGUUCAGUAGUAGAAAUUGGGGCUAGUGUGCCUGCUUUUCUAGGAAAAUUAUGGAAACUGGUGAAUGAUACGGAGACGAAUCAUCUGAUUUCUUGGAGCCCUGGUGGGAAAACAUUUGUUAUAAAAAAUCAGGCAGAUUUUGCAAGGGAGCUCCUCCCUUUGUACUACAAACAUAACAAUAUGGCGAGCUUCAUUAGGCAAUUGAAUAUGUAUGGAUUUCAUAAAAUAACUUCUGUGGAAAAUGGUGGUUUGCGAUAUGAAAAAGAUGAAAUAGAAUUUUCUCACCCCUGCUUUAUGAAAGGUCAUGCAUAUCUAUUGGAACACAUUAAAAGGAAAAUUGCCAACCCAAAGUCACUUGUUGCUAGUAAUGAAAAUGGUGAGAAAGUUCUUAUGAAGCCAGAGCUUAUGAACAAAGUGCUAUCUGAUGUGAAACAGAUGAAAGGCAAACAAGAGUCUCUUGAUGCUAAAUUCAGUGCUAUGAAGCAGGAAAAUGAAGCACUUUGGAGAGAAGUGGCAAUUUUGAGACAAAAACACAUUAAACAGCAACAAAUUGUAAACAAUCUUAUCCAAUUCCUGAUGUCACUUGUACAACCACCUAGGACAUCUCCUCAAACUAAGAAUGCUUGUGGUGUAAAGAGGCCCUACCAGUUGAUGAUAAACAAUGCUGCACAUAAUUCUGCAACAGAUGCUUCUUACCCUGGAAAGUUAAAGAACUUGAAAUUAGACAAAGAAAGUAUAAUGGAUGAAUUGAGUGAAGAUAAUCCGGAGGAUGGACCCACUAUUCAUGAAUUGGCACAUGAUGACAUGUUACAUAAUGAUGGCACACAAGACUCGUUAAAUGAAUCUGAUUUUAUUUCUGUGGACAUGCCUAAUAUGUCCAACACUAUGAAUACCCACAGUCCAACUGAUCCCUCAACAUCCAUUUAUCAUGUCACCAUGGAAGAUGGGGAUGACGCUGAUGCAGGAGUGACCCGAUUAGUAUAUCCAGUGACUCCGACUAAUGGUAUGCAGAGGGCAAAUGAUACCAUGCCCAUCAUAACAUCAGCUUCACCGUCACCAGUCACUCCAGUAAUCAACCAACCAAUGGCAGUUGAACCACCAGUGAACAAUGUGAUGGGUUCACCACGAGUUGUUGUUAAAAUUGAAGGACAAAUGCCGCCCAAGUCAAAAGGCCGCAACCAAUCUGUUAACAAGGGAGCUACAACAUCAACUGGAAAAACUCUUCUUACUGGAAAUUACAACUCAUUGAACCCAUCAGCUGAUCUGAAACUACCAGCAGAAAUAUUUGCAAGUGAUGAUUCUGUCAGCGAUGCUGGUGUUACUGCUGCUGAUGACAUAAGCAUGCAGAAUGCAUUACAAGAUCUAGUGGAUGAGUCUCUUUUACCAGCAUCUAAAGAUAAAAUGUUAGGUGGCAUAAACAUUAAGAUUGAAGGGGCUGGGGAAACAUCAAAUUCUAACAAAAAGUCAAAGAAGAGCACCAAAAGCAAUGAGAACACAUUGAAUCUGGCUGAUAUCAAAACUGAACUCCAAGAUGACUUUGAUUGGAACAACAUGACACUAGCUACUGUGAACAACAAUACUAACAAAUUCCAAUCAAGGAAUAGGAGAGAUAACCUCAGCAAAAAUCGGGAGGAAUAUUCUUCCCUCUAUGGAACAAAUUCAAACAAGAAUGAUAUUGAUGACCAUUUGGAUGCAAUGCAGACAGACCUUGAAUCUUUGAGGGAGCUGCUGCGAAGCGAUAGCUACACAUUUGACACCAACACAUUAUUGGGGCUAUUUGGUUCCGAUGAUCCAUUCUACGGGCUGCCAUAUAACUCGAUGGAUGACAGGGCGAAACCUACUAACAAUGUUGAAGGCAAUCAGCUAAUCUCGUAUACAGGGAAUAUUCCAGACUUUGAGGAUAUAAACAUGCCAGAUCUGGAGUGCGAUAACUCUCAGGAUCCGUGCGUGUCGCCCACUCCCAGCAGCUCGACGCUAAACACGCCACAGAUGCAGGUUCGUUCGCCUUCCUUUUCUCUGAAACCAUGA